AUGGCCCUCCUCCGCAGCAUCUUCGCCAUCGCCUUCAUUGCCUUCGUGGCGCUUCAAACUUUGGCGAACGCUGCCACCUGCACAGAGGACGAGCAGUCCACUGUGGACACUGUAUACGCCGACCUUACCAACAGCACUGCGUGCGGGGACCUGGUUGCCAGCUCAGACUCAACGUCGCUCGCUUAUUGCCAGCACAGCGACGGCCUCUCGGAGAUCAGUGACAUUGUGGACCAGUUGCCGGACUGCACGGGGGAGGACGAGAUCGAUCGCAAGACGGGGUUGCAAGCCAUCAUCACAUACUGUGGCAGCACGAACGACGUGCUGGACCAGUCGGCGUCGGCCAGUGGCAGCAGCACGGGCAGCGGAUCAGUCGUAUCGAGCGCCUCGAAGGGUGUGAUGGCUAUGAGCGCUGUCGUAGCGCAGCUCUCUGUCGCUCUCUUCUUUGCGGGAUUCUUGUGA